AUGGCGGAGGCGGCGCUCAGCUCCUGCUCGGAAUUCCAGACCCCGGUGUCCAAACGGCUCCGAGCUUUUCCCGGAUCCCCAUCCCGGAAUUCCCGCUGGAAUUCCGGGAAGAAGCUCCUGGCUUCCCAGAUCCGGUGGUCUCCCAGCUCCGAGGAGGAAAACCGGGAGGAGGAAACUUUUCCCGGGAAACCGGCGCUUUCCCGGAGAUUGGACAUCCCAGAGGGAAAUCCGGGAAUUCCCGGGAAUUCCCAGCCUGGCUCCGCCUCUCCCCACAGUUCCCAGCUUCCCGUGGGGGCUUUCUACGGGAAAAGGACCUACCUGGAUCCUCUGGAGAGGAAACGGCUCCGGGAGCUGCUGGGGGAUGGGAACAUCCUGCAGAAACCCGGGAAUUCCGGGAAUCCCGGCGGGAAUUCCGGGAAUCCCGUCAGGAAUCGCGGCUCCAAAGGCAAAGCCAAUCCCAAGGCCCGGCAGGAGAUUCCAAAGGGGAAAAGCGGCGGGAACGCCGGGAAUUCUCGGCACUCCGGUGCCGGCGAUUCCCAGAAUCGCGUGCUCCGGAAGAAGUCGGAAUUCCGGGUGCUGAGCGCGGGGGUGCGGCCGGCGCUGCGGCUCCCGCUGGGCUCCGCCUUCUUCCAGAGCGGGAAGAGAUCCCGGAAAAACCCGGGAAUCUCCGGAGCCUCUUCCGGGAAAAACCCGGCAGACUCCGGAGCAGCUGCCAAGAAUCCUUCGGAAAAGGCCCUGGAAAAAUCGGGAUUGGAGGAGGGGAAGGAAAGGCCGGGAAGGAUUCUGGAAGCGCGGGAAGAGGAGAAGGAAAACCGGGAAUGCUCGGAGGGAAUUCCCGGGAAAAGCGCCGGGAAUUCUGAGGGUGACGUGGGGAAGGAGGAAUCCUCUGGAAUUCCGCCCUCUCCCAGCCCGGAUUCCCGGGAUUCCGGCCCGAAGAAGGAAUUGGGCUCUCCGUGCCCGGCCGGGCUCUUCCCCAUCUUCCUUCCCACCAGGAGGAGGCCCCUGGAGGAGCUCCCGGCUCCCUUUGGGAUCGGCCCCUCUGGAAAAGCUCCCAGGAAAUCCAAGGAAUCCUCGCAGCAUUCCUGGGACCAGAUGAUCAUUGACGCGGGCCAGCGGCAGCUGGGGGCGCUGCAGUGCGGAUCCUGCGGGAUGCUCUACGCUCCCGGAAUUCCCGAGGAUCGGCUCCAGCACCUCCAGCACCACCGGAGACUCCGCGAGGGGCUCCGCUACCUGGGCUGGAAGAAGGAGCGCGUGGUUGCGGAAUUCUGGGAUGGCAAAAUCGUCCUGAUCCAGCCCGGGGAUCCCAAAUACGCCAUCAGGAAGGCACAGGAGGUUCUGGCUCUGGUGGAUUCCGAGCUGGGAUUCCCAGCGGGGACCCCGUGGUGCCCGGAGCCAUCCCAGAAUAAUCCCCUGGAGCCGGGGCGGAAUUCCCGGCGGAAUUCCCAGAUUUUCCCGGAGCAAUCCCACGUUUAUCUGUUCGUGAGCCCCGGCAGCGGCUCCGUCCUCGGCUGCCUGGCCGCGCACGGCAUCACGCAGGCAUUCCGAGUGCUGCCGGAGCCGGGCUCGGCGCCACUCCCCGACCCCCCGGAGCAUUCCCGGGGCGAUUCCCGGGAUCCCUUGGCGCUCCGUGCCUGGCGCUGCUCCCUGGAUCCGGAGCCGGCCGUGUGCGGGAUCAGCCGGAUCUGGGUGCUGGGAUCACGCCGGCGCUGCGGGAUUGCCCGGAGAAUGCUGGAUGCGCUCAGGCGCACGUUCGUGUUCGGGGCCAUUCUGAAUUCCCGGGAUUUGGCUUUUUCUGACCCCACUCCGGACGGGAGAGGCUUCGCUGCCCGGUACUGCGGCCGCGCCGACUUCCUGGUCUACAACCUCCUGCACGGAGCGGGAUCUGCGGGAUCGGGAUCGCUGGGAUCGGGGCUGGGAUCAACAUCGGGGAUCGGGAUCAGCGGGAUCAUUGGGAGCAGGAUCAGCAGGAUCACUGGGAUCAGGAUCGGGAUCACUGGGAUCAGGAUCUUUGGGAGCAGGAUCAGCAGGAUCACUGGGAUCGGGAUCGGGAUCACUGGGAUCAGGAUCUUUGGGAGCAGGAUCAGCAGGAUCACUGGGAUCAGGAUCGGGAUCAGUGGGAUCAUUGGGAGCAGGAUCGGGACCAUCGGGAUCAACAUCAGGAUCUUUAGGAUCAGGAUCAUCGGGAUCACUGGGAUCGGAGUCAUCGAGAUAAUUGGGAUCAGGAUUUGGAUCAUUGGGAUCACUGGUAUUAGGAUCACUGGGAUCUUUGGGAUCAACAUCAGGAUCAUUGGGAUCGGGAUCAUUGGGAUCACUUGUAUUGGGCUCAAGAUUAUCGGGAUCUUUGGGAUCACUUGGAUCGGGAUCGUCGGGGUCCUCAGGCCCAGCCUGAGCUCCUGA